AUUCAGUGCGGACCUGCUAUACAAAGACCAACUUCCGGCAGGUUUCUGCCAGAGAAACACGAGUACCUAAUUUAAUGUAUAUAUCCAUCUUUCUGAAGCAUUAAGACUAUCUGUAACUCUUCAACAUGGACAGUGAACCGUCGUUGGAGACGGUUGGACAGGCUCUUCAUGCUUUGUACAAUAAUCCAGACGUAAGCGGCAAAGAGAAGGCCUCGGUAUGGCUUGGGGAGCUGCAAAGAUCAGUUUAUGCAUGGCAGAUAGCAGAUCAACUCUUGAGGUUACAUCAAAGUAUGGAAUCAUGCUACUUUGCUGCCCAAACAAUGAGAACAAAGAUCCAGUACGCCUUCCAUGAGCUUCCCCCAGCUUCCCACAAUUCUUUGAGAGAUUCCUUGAUAGAACAUGCUGGAAAAAUUAAUGCUGAAACACAGCCAGUUAUUGUAACUCAGUUGAGUUUGGCCUUGGCUGAUCUUGCUCUACAAAUGGCUUCCUGGAAAGAUGCUGCAUUAGACCUUAUUCAUAAAUUCGGCAGUAACCAACACCAGCUUCCAUUUUUGUUAGAGGUUCUUACUGUGUUACCAGAAGAGGUAAACAGCAGAUCAUUAAGGCUGGGUGCAAAUAGAAGAGAAGAGAUAACUAAAGAAUUACUCAAGGCAUCACCCAUGAUGCUACAAUUGUUGACAGCUGUGAUUGAAGACACAACUUGUGAUGAGAAGAACCAGAUUCGGGUUUUCCGGUGUCUCGGUAGUUGGUUCAGUCUUAAUGUUGUUCCUGAACCAGAUAUUGUGAACAGCAAACUGCUGACAGCACCUUUUCAUGCAAUGGCCAACACUAGCUGUCCCAAUAUGCUCCAUGAAGCCGCUGCUGACUGCAUCGUUUCUGCUCUGUAUUCCUGUUACAACUGUCAGGAACAGUUACAGUUGUCCCAGAAGUUGUAUCAAGGAGUGGUCACUCUCAUGGAACCCUAUCACAUGUCAGUAGCCACAGAGGAUACAGAUAAAUCUAUGAAUUACUGUAGAGUGUUCACAGAGCUGGCAGAGACAUUUUUGGAACCAAUGGUUUCCACUCCAAAUCAUGGACUUGGAGAUCUAAGUGUACUUGAACUUCUUUUAACCUGUGUUGGACAUCAUUUAUAUGAGGUUGGAGAAAUCUCAUUUAAUUUUUGGUACAGACUGUCAGAGGAAUUAUAUCAAAGAAGUGUACAAGAGAUCACGGAUGUAUUUAAACCCUAUAUACAGAGAUUAAUCGUAGCACUUUGUCGGCACUGUCAAAUUGAACCAGACCAUGAAGGGAUACCUGAUGAGAAUGAUGAUUUUGGAGAAUUUCGAUUAAGAGUUUCAGAAUUAAUCAAAGAUGUUGUAUUUAUUGUUGGAUCUUCACAAUGUUUUACUCAGAUGUUUGAGAAUAUUAAAAAUCAGACUGAGAAUACAUCAUGGGACGUGAUAGAAGCUUCCUUGUUUGUUAUGACAGCUGUGGCCAAAAAUCUCUUACCGGAUGAAAAUGACAUUGUACCACAGGUUGUAAAAGCUGUUCUGUCCAUGCCCCAUACAGCUCACCUGGCCAUAAGGUACACAAGUAUCAAACUGUUUGGAGAGCUGUGCGAAUGGGCAGAAAAACAUCCAGAAUUCCUAGAUCCCAUUCUACAAUUUCUGUUAGCUGGCCUGCAGGAAAAAACUCUGUCAACAGCAGCAGCCAAUUCAUUACAGAGCAUUUCAACAACGUGUCGAGAACAAAUGGUCAACCAUUUCCAGGGCUUGGUGCAAAUUGUGUCGGCUCUGGAAACUUUCCAGCUCUCCAAUGAUGCUGCUAUUGGUCUUCUUAAAGGAACAGCAACAAUUUUAGCACAAUUUCCACAUGAUAAGAUUGCAGAUGGUUUACGACAACUAUGUACAUUUCAAUUACUACCUCUAUCAAAAUUAAUAGCAGAACCAGUUAAUAAUCCAAAACAGGGUAGCCCUCACGAUCCCACAAAGUGGCUAGAUCGUCUUGCAGCUAUCUUCAGAUAUGUGAAUCCCAAAGUAUCAAAUGGUCAAGUUCAUCCCUGUAAACCAGUUAUACAAGAGCAGGUUUGGCCAGUUCUCUCUCAAGCUUGUGAUAAGUAUCAGGGGGAUGUCCGAAUCACCGAGAGGUGCUGUCGAUGUAUUCGGUUUGCAAUCCGGUGUUUAGGACGGCAGUCAGCAGAUCUACUUACCCCACUCGUUAGUCAGAUGGUCACAUUAUACCAGGCCCAUCAGCACUCGUGUUUCCUGUAUCUGGGCAGUAUUUUAGUGGACGAAUAUGGAAUGGAGGCUUCCUGUCAGCCUGGACUUUUACACAUGUUAGAGGCUUUCUGUGUGCCAACAUUUAAAUUAUUAGAAGAACACAAUGGUCUAAGAAACCAUCCUGACACUGUAGAUGAUCUAUUUAGACUGUGUUUAAGAUUUAUACAGCAGGCACCGGUGGCAUACAUACAAUGUGGAAUGGUAGAGCCUAUCCUUCGAUGUGCAAUAGCUGCUUGUUCACUGGACCAUAAAGAAGCCAAUGCUUCAGUGAUGAAGUAUUUAUCAGACUUCUUAACGUGUGCAACAAAGAAAGACGAGAAGGAUGAUUUUCCGUUAAGACAAAAGGCAGUUAAGACCCUUCUAAAUGACCAUGGACAAGCCUUAGUUCAUGCAUUAAUCAAUGCUUGCAUAUUUUGUUUACCAACUUUCAUGACAACAGAUUUUGGAGAAGUUAUAUUUGAAAUUAUGAAAAUAGACAGACCAAUGUUUUGUCGCUGGUUGGAGACAACGUUGAAGGCCCUGCCAACAUCCAGUAGUGGUGGUGCUGUGACAGCAACACAUAAACAACUGACUGACUUCCAUAAAGCCGUCACCAGUGCAGAGAAUUACAAGGAGGUGUCCCAAGCAUUGAGAGACUUUGCCCGACUGUAUAGAUGAGACCCUAGAUAGCUAGUCCCUCGUAUGAAGUUCAAAACUGCGACUAGUCCCCCCUCCUCAAGAGCUAGCUGUGAUCCCCUGCUUUUACUCUGUUGCCUCCUUGUGUUGUGAUCAAAUUCUACUCACCUCACAUCGUCCGAGCCAAGUUAAAAGCAACCUCAGCAGUGAGAUUACAUGCCACGUCGUAUUUAUUGUCAUAACUCAUGUCCCCACAUCCUUGUGAAUUUAGACAUUUUACUGGGUGUCCAUUCAACAUGUAGGACACCAGUGCAUUGUACUUGUGUCAUGUUUAGAAGAUCUGUGGAGCCCUUUCUGAACAAGUAAUCUGUUUUUAAGAUAAUUUGUUAUGGAACAAUUCUGUUCUGAUAUUGAUGGGCCACCAGAUUAUUUUUUAUUUGCAACAAAGUUGUGACAAUCACUGUGAAACUUAAACGUAGCUCUAAGUCAGCUAAAUCAUAGUACUCCGACAUGAAUAUUACUCUUGUUUAUUUAAAAUUAAUUGCAAAAUCAACUUCAUUAAGAGGUUGCUAAUUAAGGCCGUGUGCCUUAGGCUGACAGGGUCAUGUGACCUACAUGCGGUGAUUAUAAUUGUUUUUUUGAUUAUGAUCAGUAUUUUCCUUUCAAGUAUGCCUCUUUCUUCUGCAAUGUGUUCAUUUUGGUGCUUUUUUUUUAUUUUGAUGUUGCAAACGAAAUGUUGAAUGAGCUCUUGAUCUGUAUUAGGCAUUAUUUUUUCGGUGUCCAUGUACCUAAGUCUGGGUAGUCAUAGACUGAUGUUAUCUGUGUAUUUUUACAAAUUGUGUGUAUGCAUAAUUAUUUUUUGCAAGUACCUGUGUGUGUUAGAUGUGUUAUUAUCUAUGAAAGUUGAAAGUAGUAAUCACAGUUUAUCUGUAAAACAUACAUGUAUACAUGUACCUUUAUCUUGUAUGCUGGUAAAAAUAUCAACUGCCACACGAGUCAAGUUAAAAUUUUAUAACUAAGGUUGAAAACUUAGACACUUAAGUAUCUACAGUAACAGCUUCAGUUCUAGACAGGGGUCAAUUAUGUACCUAUAUGUACCUCCUAAGUACAUGCACUACCGAGAUGAAAGACAAUUCCCUCAACUUUACUGUUUUUUACAGCAUGAACAAAAAGGUUUAUUAAUGAAUAACAAUAUUUAAGAGAGGGAGGGUGAAGCAAUCCAUAAUCUGUUGUACUAAUGACAUUUACAGUGUAUGUACAUGUAUGUCACACCUGAAUCUUUUCUAUGAAGUGUGUUAUUUUAACAUGAGAAUAAACUGUUUGAUAUUUAGAAAUCCAAUCAGUCUUGGAACUUUUACAGAUUUGGUUUCAAGAAAGCCAUUCAAAUGCUAUAAAAUAAGUCUUGUAAAAUAAAAAGGAUACCAUAUAUUUUUUUCUAAUAGGAAUUUAAGAUUUAUGAGUUUUUUUCCCCCUAUUUUUUUUUAACUUUUAGAAAACUUAUUAUAGCAAAGUAAUAAAGCAUUUAUAGAACAGUCAAGAAAAAAAGUAUGACAUUCACUUUUUUCCCUGGUUGAGUUAAAAAUACAUGUAUUUAUCCCAUGUUUGUAUGUUUUUUCUUAGACAUAAUUCAAUAUUAUGAGAGUCUAUACUUGAAAGAAAUGAUACAAAAACAGUAUUUGUCUUGGAAAAGUAAACCCUGUCAAAUUGUGAUGACAAAUUUAAACAAAUUUACCCCAGAAAGGAGUCAUAACUUUUGAUUUUUUUAAAUUUUUAAUGGCAUUUGAAAAAAUAUGUGUGCAUUAUUUACAAAUGAAUAUUUUCAAAUUUUGCAAUAAUAUACCAUUAUGAGAAAGCUUGUGUGCUCUGGAACAUAUGCAACAAGUUGCCAUAAGCAUACAUUUAGAGGUGUGUACUUCAUUUUUUUAAAAAUUAUUUAUAAAAGAAUACUGCAUGCAUUUAAUAGUAAGUACAUUAUGCAUGGAAAAAUACACCCUGUCAAACUGUAUGACAAAUUUUAACAAAUUUACCCCAGGUAGGAGUCAUAACUUUGAUUUUUUGUUUUUGAUGGCAUUUAAAAAAAAUAUGUAUUAUUCUAAAAAUGAAAUGUCACUCAAGCUAAAAUAUGUAUUUAAGAAUGGAAUUAAUGUUUUGAGCAGUGGAGUAAGAGUAUAUAGAUAUAGAUUUUUCCAGAAUUAGAUUAGUAUGAUUUUUUUUAAAAAGAAAAACAGGAGAGUGCAGUUUUUCAGAAGUAGUUGCUUGUGCAAGACAAAUCAUUUUAUAAUAAUUACUAUUUGUUGUUUAGAUACUAAAAUUCUAAGAGUUUGAUUAACAGCCCAGAUUUUACACUUUUGAUAUUGGGUAAAAUGAUCUGAGAAAAGUAUGUCUAGUAAAAUUUAUUUUGAACAUGUAUUUCAAAAUUAAACACAAACAAGUAUUUAAGUUUUUUUUAAGUUGAACACAUUUAACACUGCUUUCACAUCAAAUGUAUUCUCUUAUCACAGAAUUUGAUUUAGUUUUUUUCCCUUUAAUUGAAAGAAACACAUCUUGUCUUCUUUAACUAGUCUAAUGUUUGUUUUGUGUUCAAUAAUGAUAAAGAAAUUAAAUUUUUUAUGCCAUAAUGUUUCAGUAUAGAAUGAACAAAAUUUUACUCUUCAUUAUAUUAUUAUAAAUUUUUUGUACCAAAAUGAGUAACACAUCAAGGUGAACACAUGUUUCUUCUUAAAAAGAUAUUGACUGUUAACAUACAACAAGUCAUAUUAAAAAUUUUUCUUUCCAUAAAUUUUUUAAUAAAUAUUCAUAACUAUUCAAGGUGCAGUAUUGUUUGCAAAUAACAACAAAAUUUAAAAUAGUAGUAGUGUGGUAUUGUUUGCCAUUUCUUGGCUUCGGUUACAUGCAUGUAGACAUUAAAAAAGGGAAAUUUAAAUAUAAAUUAUGAUUUGCAAAUUAUAACACUGAAAUAUUAAAAAGUAGUAGUGAUGUUUUGUUUGCCGUUUGUUGGCUUUAAUUAUGUGGACAUAUGGAAACUUGAAGUAUGAAUUAUGAUUUUGAUGCACUUGUUAUCAAAUAUUAAAAUGAGUAAUAUAU